UGGUUGUGUGGAAGAAGAAGUAAACGGCGCUCUAUAACUGCGCAGUCUCUCUACUGGUAGUUUUUCCGUUGGGUUGGUUUCGGUUAGGAUAAGAUUUGUUUUUUUUUUCCCUCUGCUGAUUGUGUUUCAGUGUAUUUCCGGAUACAUGAGGCCACCGAACACGUCUCUGUUUGUCCGGAACAUCUCUGAUGAGUCCAGAAAAUGUAAAAGCAUCCGGUUGUGGAAGCAGCCACAGAGUUACAAAGACCCGUGUAGAGUAGCUGUAAAGACACAGAGCCCAGAGGGAGGGAAAAGGUUGAACAGAAAGUAAAGCAUGAAGAGGAAAAGGGAACCAAGACAAAGCUUGGAAAUGGCGGGAAAAGAAAAGAGGUUUAAGAGGAAAGAGCAAGCAGGAAAUCCAAGUCUCUCUGGGAGUCGGUUAAAGAGUGUAAAGAUCAAGAUCAAAGUCAAGCAUGGCCAAAGCAUAUUUGAGGAUGUGAGAGACGCUGAAGACGCUCUGCACAGCCUGGACAGGAAGUGGGUCUGCGGCCGCCAAAUCGAGAUCCAGUUCGCCCAGGGAGACCGCAAGACUCCCAACCAGAUGAAGUCGAAGGAGCGGCGUUCCCCGGGACGAUCUUCUCGCUACGACGACUACGACCGGGACGGCUGGCGCAGGAGAUCCCGCAGCCGCAGCUACGAAAGAUACCGAUCCCGCAGCCCAUCGUACGACCGGCGCCGCCGGCGGUCCGAGAGUCCCAGAGAGUCUCGUGGACGGAUGUACGGAAGAGGACGAAGCAGGAGCCGCGAAGACGACAGGUACCGACAGCGGCCCCGUAAGGAGUCCAGACGGAGGUCGCGGUCCCGCUCCGCGUCUCCGCGGGAGGCCAUGAACCCGGCGGCCGCCUCCCACUACACAGAGGAGCCGCCGCCGCCGCCGCGCCACGCCCCGUCCCACUCCAAGUCCCGCUCCAUGUCCCGCUCCCGUUCCCGCUCCCGCUCCUGGGCCGGCCGGAAGUCCGGCGGCCGCUGACGGGCCGAUCUCCUUUCAUACUUUCAUAUGAAUGUGACGCCGUUUGUAGGAAGCUCCAUGUUUUCCAGGCCUGCGCGCCGCUGAUCCUUUUGGUUUUAUAAAAAUAUUUCUGUCUUUUUGUUUUUCUCCCAGUUGGAAUACAAACACUGGUUGGUGCGUCUUGAGGUAAACUUGCCGCGGUUCAAAUGUUUCUACUCGGUUUCUGAUUUUUCUGCAGCAGCUUUUAUUUGCUAAACUAAAACAUUCAGUAUUUGCUGCUAAAACCCAGCAGGUGUUUUAAUCCUGUUCGCCAUGCGGCUCAUCGCAGCUGAUGCAACCGAUGACCAGUUUAAAUGUGAGACGACGGCGUAGCAGGGCCAUCGCCGAUUGGAAACAAAAAAAAGUAAAUUUAUAAUAAAAGAUCUCAGAUUUGUUUAAAAAAAAACAAAAAAAACAAUUUGUUUGCUCUUUUUGUUGGAAAUAUACUUUUUUUUAUUAUUUUUAAUUUCCAAAAGCCCUACUACUCUGUCGUAAGACGCUCAAAGUGUUAAACAUUUUUAUUUUUAUGGUGUUUUCUUCUAGUUUCUGUUCCGAGUCGUUCCUCGUUUACUCCAGUGUCCCUGCAUGUCUUUUUCUCCCCGUCUGCUGUCUUUAUUAGAAAGAAACUUUUAUUUUCAGUAAUAAAUUGACAACAUUCAAUACCAGA